GGAACACAAUCCCGCGAACACAUAGGUUUAGACGACGGCGGGCCCCGCCCACUGUGAUUACGUUGUGCCGAAGUCCAUUGCUGUUAGCGCCAGAGAGGGAGCGUGGGCCGCCAACAUGAAGCAUUAUGAGGUGGAGAUCUUGGACGCAAGGACUAAGCAGAAGCUCACCUUUCUGGACAAGGUGGAACCAAAUGCAACAAUUGGAGAGAUCAAGGUUAUGUUCCACAAGAACCAUGCUCAGUGGUAUCCUGCCAGGCAAUCCAUUAGGCUGGAUCCAAAGGGCAAGUCACUAAGGGAUGAGGAAAUUUUGCAGAACCUCCCUGUUGGUACCACAGCCACUCUUUACUUCAAAGACCUUGGUGCUCAGAUUGGAUGGGUUACAGUGUUUCUCACAGAGUACGCUGGGCCGUUGCUGAUUUACCUGCUCUUCUAUUUCCGACUGCCGUUUAUCUAUGGCCCUAAGCACGCUUUCACCACGAGUCCCCAUUCAGUCGUGCACCUUGCCUGCAUUUGUCACUCCUUCCACUACAUCAAGAGGCUGCUGGAGACACUGUUUGUCCACCGGUUUUCCCACGGCACUAUGCCAUUCCGAAACAUCUUCAAGAAUUGCACCUAUUACUGGGGUUUCGCAGCCUGGCUGGCAUAUCACAUCAACCACCCACUGUAUACACCGCCUGCUUAUGGGGAGAAACAAGUGAAAAUUGCUCUAGCUAUAUUCCUGUUCUGCCAGCUGGGUAACUUUUCAAUUCACGUGGCAUUGAGGAAUCUUCGGCCGCCAGGCUCCAAGACACGCAGGAUCCCCUUCCCUACAAAAAACCCCUUUACCUGGCUUUUCCUCUUGGUGUCCUGUCCUAACUAUACUUACGAGGUGGGCUCCUGGAUUGGCUUCACUAUCAUGACUCAGUGUCUCCCAGUUGCAUUGUUCACGCUGGUUGGGUUUGUCCAGAUGGCAAUCUGGGCCAAUGGGAAGCAUCGCAGCUACUUGAAGGACUUCCGUGACUAUCCGCCACUCCGCACCCCGAUCAUCCCGCUCCUGUUGUAGACAGAGAGUCUGUGAGCCUGGCUGGGGAGGCAUUGUGACACCCAGCCCCUCUGUCUGUGUCUGUCUAUCUGUCCGUUUGUCUGUCCCUCCGUAAACCAACCACAAGCUUUAGCAGAGCUGUUUGAUUCUAUCCGAUUUGUGUUCCUGCGAAUUUAGUUUUGUUUUUUUUAAAAGUCCUGGGGCAAUUCUGUCUCUCUAUACAUUGGGUAAAGGUGUCGGAGGUGUGGGAAUCUUAACCUACUUUCAUCUUCGUGGACCUCUUAUGUAGUUGCUGAUCUUUUAAUUCCACUGCCCCCCGCCUCCCUGAGCUCUGAUUUCUCUGUGUGGGAUCCCUAGUUCCAUUACAGGCUGGACAGAAUCAAAAUGCCAAGUGUAAAACUGUGUCUUGGGCUCUGCUGCAGAUUGGCCAAAUCACAAGGCCCUGUUGACCUUUGCCCAAUCUCUGUCAAUGUGAAGCAAGUUGGUGUAAAGCAGCCAACUUGAUUAUUGCUGCUCCCCAAGCAAACUUAUAGACCCCCACCCCCACCUCGACCCGACUCUCUUAAUCUCCACCCUUCUGUCUUUCCAUUUCCACCCCCCCCAAAAAAAAACUGGAAAGCUGAAUCUUAAUGGUGUAAUUUAUGGUUGGACAUGGGAGGGCCUCCACGAACUCAGAAUGGGAGCAGUGGCUCCUGUUUCCCCACCCCUGUCCUGUCACACUGCAGCCCCUACACUUUUACUGUCUAUCUGUAAAGGGAAUAGAAGAGCUUUACUUUGUAUCUAGCCCGUGCUGUCCCUGUCCCAGGAAUGUUUGAUGGGGACAGUGUAGAGAGUGGUUUAGUCUGUAUCUAUCCCUAGGCUGUCCCUGUCCUAGGAGUGUUUGAUGGGUCAGACUUUGGUCAUCAGCCACAAACUUUGCACAGUCUGACUGUAUCAUGCUCUGAUACAGUCUGGUAUACAGGGGUUGGAGGUGAGAUGGUUCUUUUGUUGCUCUGAACCAGUUUAAUUACAGGGAUGUCAGUAGCUCGACCAAUUUUAUACAUCCCAAUCUUGUUCCUCGGUUUUGUUCCUCCCAUUUCAUCCAUAACUUGAGUGUGUGCUCAACUAGAGAAGAGUAUGUUUCAACACCUCCACCUGGAGCAGACAAAGAACAAAACUGAAGCAGCACUCAGCACUUAUUGUCACUAAAUUCUGAUUUAAUGAUUUUGUUAAGAAAAUAAAUAUGCACUGAUUGGGGAGGGGCUGUUUAUUAACACUAUAGUUUUCCUGAGUCCCUUUGACUUUGAGGAUUGUGCCCUUCACCCUUGUGAGCACGGCAAUAUUGGUUUUCUCUUCCUGCUGCUUUGUGUAAUCUUGAGUCUUAGAUUCAACAGUCUUCGUCUAAUGGUAAUGUAUUUCCAAUGCUUUGGCUCCUGAUCUCUGUUCAACUUCGAACACACCCUGUUAAAAAUUGUGUUUGCGAGUGUCUAGCGGAAAGUUGGUAUUUGGAUAACUAUAUUUCAGAUUUUUCUCAAUGACUUAUUUUGUCUCAAAGUUUGUGUGGUAGCAAAUUGAAGAAUAUUUCUUUCAAACUCUGUAAUAUCGGCAAUAACGUUGUUUACAAAAGUACUGAAUAAACUUGAUUUGUCUCUA